AUAGAAACUCAAGAUCAGUAAAUAUGGAAAAAUUGAGAAAUAUUUUGUUUUAUUUUAUAUAAUAUGAGUAUAUAUUGCGCAAAGAAUAAAUAUUAACUGAAAAGAGUUAAGCUAAUAAUACAAGAACUAUUUACUCAAAUAUUUAUAAAGAAAUUUAUUUAACCCAGUAACCAUGGGCGAACGCAAAGGACAAAACCUGUACUACCCACCCGAUUAUGACCCUAAGGUCGGGGGGCUAAAUAAAUUUAUGGGUACACAUGCUUUACGAGAAAGAGCUAGGAAGCUACACAUGGGUAUCUUAAUCAUUAGAUUUGAAAUGCCAUAUAACAUAUGGUGCGAAGGAUGUAAAAACCACAUUGGUAUGGGUGUACGAUAUAACGCAGAAAAGACAAAAAUCGGAAUGUACUACAGCACUCCCGUUUAUCAAUUUCGUAUGAAAUGCCAUUUGUGUGAUAACCAUUUCGAAAUAAAAACAGAUCCAGGUAACCUUGACUAUGUCAUCGUAUCUGGAGCGAGGAGGCAAGAGAACAGAUGGGAUCCAACUGAAAAUGGCCAGAUUGUUCCAGAAACGAAAGAAACACAAAAGCGCCUUUUCGACGAUGCCAUGUUCAAAUUAGAGCACAAGACUGGAGAUGAAGAUAUGAGUAAACUUGCUAAGCCUCGACUUGGUUUGCUUGUAGGUCGAAAUGAAAUGGUAUGGAAAGAUGAUUAUGAGGCCAAUUGUGUGCUACGUAGGAAUUUUCGGAAGCGACGAAAAGAGCUUGAAGAAUCUGCAGUGAAUGACAGCUUGUUACUUGCAAAAUCUUCUCUAAAUAUAAAUCUGUUGCCAGAAUCGGAAGAGGAUAAAAAUUUGGCAUCCUUGCUCUCCUUAAGACCAUCACACACUAUUGAAGAGAAGCAAAGUGUUACCAGAAGCAAAAUAUUAAAUAGCCCAGCAUUACCAAGCUCUAGUGGACUUUUGACUAGUUUUGGUGGUCUGAAAAAGGAAGAAUCAAUGAGUAAAGCUUUGCCCUUAACUCGAAACUCUUUGGGAAUUAUGAUAAAAAGAAACAUAAGGAAUGAAAAAGAUCAUAGUAAGGCAGAAAUUACAUCAAAUGAAAAUAAUAAUGAACAGGAACUGGAUUUAAAAGAUAAGUUACAAGAUAGUGUGGAAACCGAGAUCAAGAAAAAAGUGUCUUUAGUAGGUGAUUAUAGUUCAAGCAGUGAAAACUCUGACUAACACUAGUUUUUUUAAUUAAUUCAAUUAUUUGUAAAUAUUAUAUAUAACACAAAAUUUAUAUAAGCCACCACUAAAUACAAGUAUACA